AAUGUGAAGAUGAAUUAUCUGCCAACAGACGGGGAAGAAAAGGCGCUAAACGAUGAGCUGGAAUGCAAAAUCUGUUACCAGAAAUUCAACGUCCAGAGUCGCAAGCCCAAACUCCUGGACUGUCUCCAUAGAGUGUGUGCAAAAUGCCUAACUAAAAUCCUCCAAGUAGGAACUGGCUCUCUUUGUAUAAACUGCCCUUUCUGCCGGCAUGAAACAGAGCUGUUGGAAGAAGAAGUAGAAGGACUCCCCGAUGAUUUGAAUAUCUUGUCCAAACUCGUAACCAAAGACAAACCAGCAUGGAAUUCAGAGUGCAAGGAAGUUCUCCUGACACCAAAGAACUUGGCUUCAUCAAGUCCUUCACGUGGGUCAUCAAACUGCCUGGUGAUAACCAUCAUGGAAGUACAGAGAGAUUCCACACGGACUCCAAGCCAAAACACCCUCUCAGAUUAUUACACAGAUCACAGCCUUGACUCAGAAUCUGUCAACUCCCACAACCAGCUAGACCAAGAUGUUUUCUCCAAGCUCUGUAAUCAUGUUCCCAGAAUACUAAUGUGGCUGCUUGGAUUUUUCUACUUCGGUUCUUUGCCACUUGGAAUCUAUUUAUUAGUGAUUCAGAAAGUGACCCUUGGGAUUGUCUGUGUCAGUCUUGUACCAUCCAGUCUGACUGUGUGUCUUGUAUAUGGUUUUUGUCAGUGCCUUUGCCAGGGAAUGUGUGAUUGUUCUUCUAGAAACUGAUGCCAAACAAAAAAGGAUAUUUAGACAGCUAAAA